GUUGUAAGAUUCGGCGUAACUUUACCACCAUUAGCUACUUAAAAAAUGACGCAGGUCAGAAAUGACCGUGUUUGCUGCUGAAUCAUUUGAAACUGUCAGUUGUCUACAGGACAGCCUGGUCUCUGACGGCCAGCAAUGAGCGCGUCUGCGGGGACGGGGGUGUUUGUGCUCUCCCUGAUGUCCAUUCCCAUCUGCUACUUAUUCAAUUCCCUCGUUUACAAUGACAGAGCUGAAGCCUUCUUCUUUGCUGGAUGCACAUCAGUCUUGAUUCUGGCCAUUUCAGCUCGUUUUAUGCUUAAGAGAAAGGUUCCAACAGACCCUCUUUUCUACGUGUAUGCAGUGUAUGCAUUCCUCAGUGUGGUGAAUCUGAUCAGUGCGUUGGAGCAGGACAGCAUCAUUGAUGGAUUUGUGACAUUUUAUAUAAAAGAGGCAAAUCCACAUAUUAAUACGGCACAUGGGCACAUGGUUUCCUAUUGGGAUGGAUGUGUACACUAUCUCAUGUAUCUGCUCAUGAUUGCUGCAAUUACGUGGGGGGACAGUUACCGAGCAAUUGGACUCUACUGGGUGGGCUCUUUUCUCAUGCAAGCCAUAGUCUACAUUCUUGGGAACGCUGUGGGAAAAUAUGGGACCCAAUUUGGCCCACUCUUCAUCCUCUACAUGCUCUACAUCGCUGUGUCUGUGUGGGCCUGCUUCCGUAUCUUCAGUCAGUCUUCUAUGCGUGACGUUCAGUUGACGGACAUUCAGGAGGCCGUGAGGACCAACCUUCGCCACAGACCUCUGGAUUUAUUGUUCAUUAUCUACCUCAUCCCAGCAUUUCUGUUCUGUGUCUUCAGAGGCCUGAUUGUUUUGGACUGUUCCUCCAAAUGGUGUCAAGACUACACACAGCAGUACGAGCCUUAUCUGAGAGAUCCCUCAGCCUACCCUAAAGUUCAGAUGCUGGUGAGCAUGCUGUACUCUGGACCGUACUACGUAAUGUCCCUGUAUGGGCUGUUGGUUCCAGGAUGUGAAUGGAUGCCAGAGCUGUCUGUUGUGCACUCAGGAGCGCUGGCACAGGCCCAGUUUUCUCACAUUGGUGCAUCCCUCCACACUCGGACACCGUUCUCCUACAGAGUGCCUGCUGCCGGGCAGCCCGUCUUCUUGCUGGUCAAUAUUCUGUACACCAUGCUGCCUCAGGCUCUCUGCUACCGCUGCUGCACACAGCCUGCUUUCUUCAUCAAGCCAGUGGCAGAGAAGAAAAAACAAUGACUCAGUUGUCAGGGAAAGACAUAGAGCCACAGAUGUCAAGAAGGCCUUUAAGACAAAUGCCUUUUAAAUAAAUAAUAGCUGUACACGAGAUUAUCUACCUUUUUUUCCACAAUAGCCUGCUUUUCACAUUUGCCAUACCACCCAACCCUUUUUUCUGAUGGUUUUGGGAAUCACAUCAGUUUUGUUAUUGCACUUCUGAAAAUGUGAAUAUUGAUUGAUUGAUGAUGAAAUGUCUUUGCCUACAAAAAUGUACUCUUUGUUCACACUGAUGUUUCCCUCUGUACUGACAAAUAAAGUCAUC